CGUGACCCGCCCGAGGCCGGGUUCGAGGCCUAGUGGCGGGAUGGCGGGACCUGAGGGCGGGGCAAUGUUUCGCGGUACGCCUGUGUCUGCGCGUUGUCCCUGAGUUGGUCCCAAGCCAGCUGUCGGAAGUUUGCAUGCCUAUUCGUUUGGCGGAUACACAGAAUAGCAACCCAGUGGACAGUCGGAUUUCUUCCCUGGUAACUGCUGCUAAAUAUAGUCAAAGCAGUGACCUCGAUCCUUCAUUCACGCAGUGCGUGCCCGGCGUCCGUGCCAGGCCCAGAGCUUGGCACUGUGGGAUAAACAAGGAAGAAGAUGAUGAUGGUGAUGAUGAUGAUGAUGAGUUCGAAACCAGGAAGAUGAUGAUGAUGAUGAUGAUGAUGAUGACGACGACGACGACGACGACGACGACGACGACAACAGCAGCAAUAAUAGUGAAGAGAGACUAUAAACUGAAAGAAAGACCUGGAAAUGGAAACAGAAAACUGAACAAUCUUAAGAAAUGAAAAUAUGUAUCUUCAUAGUUGCUGGAAGCUAAGGCAGCAUGGAUCUGCCAGUGGAUGAGUGGAAAUCCUACCUACUUGAGAAGUGGGCUUUACUUCCGAAGUCUGUGCAGGUCACAAUUUCUACAGCAGAGACUCUGAGCGACAUCUUUCUUCACUCCUCUUCCCUUCUUCAACCUGAGGACGAGAUGUUCUUGAAGCAACUUUCUAGUAGUUGCUCCGUGGAAAAGGACUCUGGUGCUCCCCUUUUCUACAGAGAAGAAGGAAACAAAAGGUUCCAAGAGAAGGAGUAUAUGGGUGCUGCAGUGCUGUACUCUAAGGGAGUGUCACAUUCCAGGCCUAACACUGAGGACAUUUCAUUGUGCUAUGCCAAUCGCUCUGCCGCCCUCUUCCAUCUGGGUCAGCAUGAAGCAUGUCUUAAAGACAUAGUGAGAGCAGGUAUGCAUGGGUAUCCUGAAAGACUGCAGCCCAAGUUGAUGAUUCGUAAGACAGAAUGCCUGGUGAACCUGGGGAGACUCCAGGAGGCAAGACAGACCAUCAGUGAUCUGGAAAACAGCCUCACUACCAAGCCAACCCUGAUGCCUUCCUCUCAUCAGAUUCUGCAGAGGAAUGUCCAGCAGCUAAAAAUGAAGAUCCAAGAAAAGGAGACUCUCCCAGAAUCUUUCCCUGCAGCUCUCACCAAAGCCUUGGAGGAUAUGGCCCUGGGGGAAGAGAACAAACAGAUUUCUGGGGCGUCCCUCUCUGUCAGCUUAUGCACAGACCCUCUGAAAGGCCGCCAUCUAGUUGCCACAAAAGACAUUCUCCCAGGAGAACUCCUGGUGAAGGAAGAUGCUUUUGUAAGUGUCCUUAACCCAGGAGAAAUGCCACCACUGCGUCAUUGCCUAGAGAACAAGUGGGAUACUAGAGUUACCAGUGCAGACCUCUACUGUCACCGAUGUCUGAGGCAUACUUUGGCCACAGUACCCUGUGGUGGCUGUAGCUAUGCCAAGUAUUGUAGCCAGGAAUGCGUGCAGCAGGCGUGGGACCACUACCAUAGCACAGAGUGCUCUCUGGGGGGGCUACUCCUCACACUCGGGGUCUUCUGCCACGUUGCCCUGAGGAUGACUCUUUUAGCCAGAUUUGAAGAUGUGGACAGAGUUAUAAGGAUGAUUUGUGACAAGACUGGUCGCAAAGAUACCUGUUUACCCGAAAGCAAGGAUCUGGUCAAAACAUUUGGUUACACAAAUCAGGGGGAGAGUGAAGAGAACAGCGAAACAUGUGAACCCUCCAUUCCUGGAUGUAAUGUCAAUGGGAAGUAUGAAAAUAAUUAUGAUGCUGUCCUCAGCCUUCUGCCCCAUACUGAAAAACACAGCCCAGAACACAAAUUCAUCUGUGCAGUCAGUGUCUCCGCACUGUGCAGACAGCUCAAAGCUACCAGCUUGCAGGCCCAAACCACGGGCUUAAAGUCCCCCAGGCUGAAAGCAGUGACUCCAGGGCUGUGUACAGAUUUGACUGUUUGGGGAGUAGCCAUGCUGCAACACAUGCUACAGCUGCAGUGUAAUGCCCAGGCGAUCACCUCCAUAUGCUACGCCGGGUCUAAAGAGAGCAUCAUUACCAACAGCAGGCAGGUACGCCUUGCCACAGGCGUCUUUCCUGUUGUCAGCCUCCUGAACCACUCCUGCAGUCCCAACACCAGUGUGUCCUUCACUAGCACUGUCGCCACCAUCCGGGCAGCACAGCAGAUCGCAAAAGGACAAGAGAUUCUGCACUGCUACGGGCCUCAUGAGAGCCGGAUGGGUGUUGCUGAGAGGCAGCAGAGGCUGAGUUCUCAGUACUUCUUUGACUGCAGCUGUCCAGCCUGUCACGCUGAGACACUGAGAGCAGCUGUGGCACCCAGGUGGGAAGCCUUCUGUUGUAACACUUGCAGAGUGCCCAUGCAGGGAAAUGAUGUGCUGAGCUGUAGCAACGAAUCUUGCACAAACUCUGUCAGCAGGGACCGACUGGUCUCCCGCCUGCAGGACCUUCAGCAACAGGUUCACACAGCCCAGAAGCUUCUCAGGAGUGAUAGACCAGAGCAAGCCAUUCAGCAGUUGUUGGAGUGCCAGAGGGCUGCUGAGAACUUCUUGUCAGCAGAGCACACCGUGCUGGGAGAAAUUGAAGACGGCCUGGCCCAGGCCUAUGCUACCUUAGGCGACUGGCGACAGUCUGCUGCCCAUGUACAGAAGAGUCUCCAGGUGGUUGAGGCUCGCCAUGGGCCAUCCAGUGUUGAAAUUGGCCAUGAGCUCUUCAAACUGGCCCAAGUCUUGUUCAAUGGGUUGGCAGUGCCUGAAGCUCUGGAUGCCAUAUGGAAGGCAGAAAAGAUCCUGUUGGUGCACUGUGGCCCUGAGAGUGAUGAGGUCCAGGAGCUCCGGGAGAUGAGGUCCUGCUUACUGGACUCGUCCUUCACCCCUGUGCGGCCCUUAGUGUAGAGUGUGCAUUCUCACCCUCCAGAAAGGAGCUCUAUGGUGAGUUAGAGAUUCUGUUGGCUUGGAGCUCUCAGCAGAAAGGACGGGACCUACCCAACUGACCCUAGCCUAGUGUCUAGCAUAGGGAGCACUGGCAAACAGAUUGAGACACUCACCUGGGUUGCUGGCUGCUGCUUGCAGGAGUUAACUGCCCUCUGACGGAAGCCCCAUUCCCAGAAAAGACUAAAUCCAGCAUCUGUAGAGGCGGAUGCUUUAAAGGGUUGUCGCCAUGUGCAGGCAGCUGAUGCUAGCCUGGGGUUUUCAUCUCACUAUGCUGGAUCUGUGUCCCUAGAACAUUCCUGUGGUGUCUAGUAGUAAUGAAGUGCUGUGUUCCACUCCAGUGGGAACUUCAACUCUUAGUCUUGUGUUGUAACUGAAAAAUAAUAUAUAGCAAGAAAUCAGUAUGACUUCUUUACUCAAGAGACACACAAUUCCACUUACAAUAUCCUGCUUCCUUAAAUUCUUCAUUAAGAAGAGGCUAGUGGUGAUGUGUAAUUUGUGAAUGGAAAAAUAAAUAUGGAUCUGCCUUA